GAUUUCGUUCUUCCUCAACGAGAUGACCUUUCUCAACUACGACAAGAAGUUCUGGAUCAAGUGGAUAUGCUGGAGAUUCAGCAGUCGACACCAGAGAAGAAGCUGCUCAUGCUUCGAAGUUCAUAUCCAUGGCUGUUCGAGUGGCCAUGCCUUUAUGCGGACGUUCUCGAGCUGCUCGACGAAUACCGCUUUAAAUCGAAAUCUCGUGCUUUUCUUCAGGAAAUUUUCUAUAAUGCGCUCAAAAUAUGAUUCGAUUGAGGGCCGAGAAAUGCCCUCCUCACUUGCCAUUCCCAUUCCUCAGAGAUUAUUUAUUGAAAUAAACUAUUGGAUUAUCUUCAUUCCAACCAUUUUCUCUCUUUUUGGGCCGAAUGUGACUAAAAGAUCCAGAAAAGCAAGUUGCAUCAAUGUAGAAGAAAAAAGGUUUAUAGCUUUCAGCAUUUUUGGGAUGAGCCUCGUACUCGACUUCCAUUCAGAAUUGUAG